AUGGAUGAGGCUAGAAGCCGCAUAGGAAGACUCCAAAUGGAGCGAGAUGACAAGCAAAGACAAGUGGACGAACUCAACCAGCAGGUGGAUAGCCUGAUAGAGGAACGGAACACCCUACAGCAGGCUGUGACUUCCUUGGCCUUGCAAGCCAGACCAGCGGAGUCGCAGAAGGCGCAACGAUCCGCGAAGCUUGAUGAUCCCAAGCACCUCACUUAUGGGAAGGAACCAAUAUUUGAAAACUGGCUCUCACGAAUGAGGCGCAAGCUGGAAGUGAACGCUGAUCAUUUCCCCACGGAAAAAAGUCGAGUCGCAUACAUUGAAAACCGAACUGAAGGCAAAGCAGUAAGGCACCUAGCUCCAAGAAUGACGAAUGACCACCCUGAGAAUUUUGAAACUGCAGAGGAGGUGUUUGAAUACCUGCAGGGGAUCUACGAGGGCGUCAACAAGCUGGAGAACGCGAAGAUUGAUUACCGGCGUCUGAUAAUGAGGAACAACGAUGACUAUCAUGAGUUUGUGACGAAGUUUCUACACCUAGCUGGUGAAGCACAAAUUCAUAAGGAGGAUUACAAGGCCGACUUCCUUCACAAGCUUUCAUUUGACCUUCAACGUAUGGUCACAGCAGCCUGCGCUAGUUGUGCUGCUUUUCGUGAAGUUCAAGAAAUCUGUUCUCGAACUGCUCAUUAUCUAAAGGGCAUGCCUAAUCAAAGCAACCGACGACCACCAAAUAGUGGGAAUCAAGGACAACGUCAGAACAACUGUGAAGGAUCUCCCACAAUUCAAAACAAUCGCGAAUCAACACCGACCGCACUAUCACAAACGCCCGAGAACAGGCCAAAGAAUGAGGAUUGGAUAAAGAAUGUGGAAUUGUCUUACAAAUAUAUCUUACAUAUAUAUUAUAAUGACCUUUUAAAUAUCAAGUUAUGUUGA